AGCCGAGCAGAAGAGGAGCUAGCGAGGAGACAGGAGCGAGCUGGAGUUGAUGUGGGAGAAGUUGGCGUGCAGGAGAGUCUGGUAGGAUCGCUGUUUAUGGCUCUCUGGGGUGGGUUUGGGGCUCUCGUUAGGGAUGCCUGUCUGCAUCCAUCACCUUGCUUCCCAACAGCGGCUCUCCGCAUGGCCUCCGCGGGCAGCGGGAUGACCCGUUUAGAAUCUUAUCUAUCCGCGUUCGUGACAUACGACGUCGGAUUGUACAUAGUUUAACGACGCAUCUCAGGUCCACAGGCGAAAUACGAAUUUUAACCAAUAGGUGAUUUUGCUUGUUUUGUACCGCGGCGUCCAUUAAUUAGCGUUGAAAUGGAUUAAAAAGCGCUCAACAGGUUCUGUUUACUGAUGAUGCGUGACAGCAUUUCUGUCCGUGUCGCGUCGGUGUUCGCAGCGCGCACCUCAUUCCCCGGCGGUGCCGCUUCUCACAGGGUCGGGCCUGGAGCACGGCUGGGCGCCGUGAGGAAAGCAAACACUGGCGGAGGAAGGACGCUGCUUGCUGCUGGUUCUGUCAUUCACAUGAAACGUAAACCUGUUGUGGCUGCGUUUGGUCGCGGCGUUUCCCGUCCCUUUCGCCCUCAGACACUGAAAAGUACAACAUCGACUGGUUGCCAGUGCUGCUAAUUGCCAGUUAUGCUUAAGGCUUCAUCUGUGAUUUAAGUUGGAUAGAUUUUCUUUUUAUUCCUGUUAGCUAUUUCUGAUAGCAAGCCUGUUGGCAGUGGCAAACGACUUCCAUGUUCACGCUGUGAGCGGCUGCAGUUUGCUUGCAAACUGUUAUCUGUGUUGUGCUCACAGUAAACCUUCACGUUUGGCCUCAGACUUCCGCCAUAACCUUCUCUUUGCGUUUUCUCAUGGCUAAAUACCUCAGGGAACUGAAGAUGUUCACGCACGUCAGCAUGAAGGGAUUUUCUUUUAAAUGGGCUUCUUUAUAACUGGCUUGAGUUUGUCUGAAUGCGUGCAGGCAAAGUAAUAUGCACAGACCUACUUCUGAGCAUAUGUGCACUUCUUCACCUGUGUGAUUUCUUUCCCCAAGAUAUUCUUCCAGCAGAUCACACUCCGUACCUUGUAGUCUUCAGGAGAAGAAUUCCACACAGCGCUUCAACUUAUCAGGAGCUGGGAGAUGUUUUUUGUUAUUUUUAGAUAAAGGUUUGCGUGAGAGAAGCACUUAGGACACUGAUUUGUUUUAAUGCAAGUUGUCAAUAGAGCUAUGCCAGAAGAUAAUUAGGACAAAGUAAUUCCUCACAGCACGGUGCAGUCUUACAGCCUGGGCACCUGUUUGAGGCUGAGAAGCCUUCCAUUUUUUGGUUCUUAGUAUUUACACUGUGACUGCCUUCAUAUGCCUACACAAUCCUGUUUACUGCUACAUUUGGUAAACAAGUGCAAUUUCAACACAGGUUCUAACAGACUAAAUUAUAUCCUGGGCAUAUGUCUUGGGAGCAUCUUGCAGCCUCAAAUGGAAAUGAUCUGAGUUUGAGAGAGUCCUUUUCCAUACUGCACUUAGGAGCCAAUGGGCUGUCGGAAGGCAAUUGAUAUCCACAAAGAAAAAGGAUUUCUGGCUUCUUGGAGAAACAGUAGAAAAUGCAAAACGAAAUAAUAAAGCCUGCUAAAUACUUCUCGGAAGUGGAGAAGAGCGUGCUGCUCGCGCUAGUGGAGAAGUACAGAUAUGUACUCGAGUGUAAAAAAAGCGAUGCGAGGACUAUUGCUCUGAAACAACGCACCUGGCAAGCGUUAGCACAUGAAUAUAAUUCACAGCCCAGUGUAUCUCUGCGAGACUUCAAGCAGUUAAAGAAAUGCUGGGAAAAUAUCAAGGCACGGACAAAAAAGAUAAUGGCACAUGAAAGGCGGGAGAAGGUAAAAAGCAUUAGUCCACUUAUAAAUACUCACAUCAUAGGGAAGGAGAAGAUUGCCAGCAUAAUGCCUGAGCAAAUAUACUUUUUGCAGAGCCCACCAGAAGAAGAUUCUGAAUAUCAGCCUGAUGCUUCUAGUCAAGAGUCAUUUGUUGUCUCAAAUAGAGAACUUUGUGAUGAAGAGAAAGAGCUGAUACAUUUCCCAGUGUGUGAAGGUACCUCCCAGCCUGAGCCUUCGUGUUCUGAUGUCAGAAUAGCAGCAGAUAAGAACUACAGAAGUAAAGCAUCUCAGGAAAGUGCUCUGAAAAAGAUGCAUGAGGAAGAACAUCAUCAGCAAAUGUCAAUUUUGCAACUGCAGUUAAUCCAAAUGAAUGAAGUUCACGUGGCAAAAAUACAGCAAAUAGAAAGAGAGUGCGAGAUGGCUGAAGAGGAACACAGGAUAAAAAUGGAAGUGCUAAAUAAAAAGAAAAUGUAUUGGGAGAGAAAAUUGCAGACCAUCACAAAAGAAUGGCCUGUAUCAUCCUUUAACAGACCCUUUCCUAAUUCACCGUAGAACAUAAAGUGGCAGAAUUAAUCUGACUGAGCACAUUUAUAAGUAAUGCACACUGGAAAGAGGGUUUUUUAAUGUGAAUGUACAGUGACAGAAUAGGUGCCCAGCUGGUAGUGAACAGGCUUUGAUUCUUAACAUAUAUGGCAACAGUGGUAGAGCCUACCAGGGGAAGACAGUAUUGUUCGAUUGUAGGUAAUUCUGACCUGUGUAACUUCCCCUCACAGAAUACCCUGGCAUCCUUUUGAAAUUCAAGGUAUUCUGGGCAUUCAUACAUCGAGUAUUUUUUUUUUUUAAAAAAAAAAGAACAUCUGGUUACAGUGUUUAUUUUCAUUUCUGUCUCUUCAUAUUUACCAUUUCCUGAAUGAAGGCAGGGGUUAGAAUUGCUCUCUUCUACUGAGAGAAAAGGUGGUUGACAGCGAUGCUCAGAUUGUUACACUGAGGCACAGAAAAACAAAACAGAACUUGUCCUUGGUUAAUAUACAGUCCUUAAACCAUUCUUCAUAGAAGAUGUGAAAAUGAAGGAAGUAGCAAAAGGAACACUGUGGUAAUUGAGUGCUUUGCUUGUGAAGAACAACAGUGAUGUUUUCUAGCUGGCUGGCUGACUGAGAGAGUGAUCUGUGGAGUGGCCCUUGUGUUCUGUGAGCCUUGACCCUUAGGAAGUUGCGAAGAAGGUGACUUCUUCCCCAAAAGCCACUUGUCCUCUCCUCUCCAGGACUAUCGUAUUCAAGUACAAUGCUGAAAUAGGAGGGCUGCUUGCUGCUGCCAAUGCUGUGCGCUGCUCCCCUGGAGUCAUUGUGAGGGGAAGAGCUACUUAAUUAUUCAUGAAGCUCUCAAAAUGUGGCAAGCCACCUAACCCAUUGGCAAAAUCUCCCUUUCUCUCCCCAUGAGAUACUUGAUGGUUUAGCAGCUAAAAGAGGCAAAGCAAGACUUGUCCUCUUUUCCAAAGUUUCGGGUGGGAAGCAGUGAAAGGGGGUCAUUCCUGUCUUGGAGUUCUGUUUUAUUCCGUGUGUGUUAAGGUGAUGUAUUUCUUGCCUUUGCUGUCACUGAGGGAUGAUGGACAUGAUUUGUACAAAAACAUUCCCAUGGAAGCCCCCACAGUUGGGGGCCCAGAAUAGUAGAUGGUAGGAAAGCACAAAUAAAGUUAAUCCUUCCUCCAGCAAUCAUUUGUUCUAGUGGUGCAAGGAUUAAGGAAUGCGAAACACACAACUCCGCAAAGAUGCAUUUGUAAGAACUUCUGAUGUGUGAAAAACUGUUUUGUAGGAAGGUGUACAACCAUCAUUUGAAGCGGUGAGAAAAAAUGAACAAAGGCAUAAAUUUUCAGUGAAAAUCCCAAGUAUUUCAUUGUUCUAAAGUACUUUCAGGUUGCAAUGAAUAAAGACACAUCCAGACAGAGUAACAUAUUCAAGUCGAGGUGUGGUACAAAACAUCCUUUGGUUCCCAGCUGCACUCCUGUUUCUUCCCUGGAUGUUCUUUCUGGUGCAAUUUGUUUUGGUAUUGGUUUUGGAUUUUUUGGUGGGUGGUUUUCUUUUCCUCCUUUGAUCUGCUUUCCCUGCUGGUGAUUCAUCUUUGCAAGCACUGCCAUUAUCAACCACAAUGCUCACAGUGGUUAACACUGUGGUACAUGCGUUGCUGCCUUCAACAUACAAAUACCAGCAAGCACAAUGCGAAUGAUUUAUUGCAACUUAUUUUAUAUGACAGAGGGGAAAAAAUAAUAAAGGCAGCUUUUGCAGAGCUGCUGCAAGAUUAAAAAGGUCAUGUAUGAAAUCUGAAGGCAUAUUUUUUUUUGUCAGGAAACUCAGUUUUCUUAUGAAUGGGCUGUAUGAAAGAAGCACAGGACUUCCAAAAGAGGAGAUAAUUAUGGGCAUUUUUUGUUCUGCUGAAUGGAAACAAUACUGUGAGGUAGGACAAUGACGUACAGGGAUAGUUAGAGGCAAAGAAAAGAAGUGAAUGAAUGGUUGUGAGGACCUUUGUAUUCUGGGGUUGUACUCUGUAACCUGGAAGGUGAGUCAGUUACUGGAGUGGUUAGGGCAAUUGCUUAGGCACUAUCCAGGAAAGGGAUACAAAUGACAUUUCUGAUUCCUUCCACACUCCUAAGUGAAAGUUGUUUGAAACUGUGGCAUUGAAACCAUGUAUACUAAGGUGUCGAAAGGUGACAAACUGAGACAAUUCCAGUACUGUGAAGAGACCAAAAAUGGAGAGACAAUUCAGACCUAGAGAGCAUGAAGUAAUCCAGGGAGUAUCUCGUGGUAUUUGAGAUAAAGGUAGUCCUGACUCCUAGAAUUUAUAACAUUCUUCACAAAAGAUUGUUUUAUUUUUGUAUUAAAGUCAUCUAAAAUAUGCAUGUUUUCAGACUGUACUAAGUGGGAAAUGCCUUGCAUUUUGCUGUGUAUACUUGUUCUGAGCCCCAGAAUUACAGUCCUUAAGCUGAAAGAUAUAACCUUUUAUAACUUCAUUUCCAAAGCUCUACCACUGGAGCGAGGGAUAUUGCUGCUUACCACAAACCCUCUCCAUGAUGCUCCUUCCUACAUAGCAGAGAUGCCUUUAGCCAGGGCUACACACUCAACGCUCCAGUACAUGCACAGGGGUUCACACAAGGGCAGGCAUCACUCAGCAAUCAGUCUGCAGGACUCAGCUAUCUCGUUGCAGCCCUGCAAAAUGCAAGGUUUGGGGCUACGUUGUCCUGAGUGAUACCACAUCCAGUGCAGCUGAGGAGAUAGUCCUGAAUUUUGUUUAAAGAUGAGUUAUCUUUGUGUGUUUGCAGAACUAAAUGUUAGCAGUCCCUCAAGAUUUUUUUAGCUGGUUGUAGCUACAGUGGCUUUUACAAUGUGCCCUCUUCCUUCUUCCACUCUCACGCUUUAAUGUUUCUCGUUUAUUCUGAAUUUGUGGUCAGAGCAUCAUACCUACGUGAUAACACUGAAAUCAGUAACUCCUACACAUGUAAAGAUUGUUACUUUGGAGGUGGGUGAAUGACAUGGGAAUCUUAAAAUAGUAUUUUUAUUUAGGCAAGUGGAGUCCAUUACAAGAAGUCCUGUGAUUUCGUGUUUUGAGCUUGUGUGUUCAAAGCUGUUCUUACGAUGCACUGAUGCACGUAAGGCUUUGUUUUGAUAAUUGGCUCCCUUUUCACUUGAAUUUUCACUUUCUUCUCAAGCAGUUAAAUGUAAAACUCACACAUCAUUGCUCUUCCUGAGCUUUGUCUCUAGUUAGAUACUCAGAAAUGUUUCUGUGCAAAUCAGUACCGAUGUGUACUAAAAUUAAUACACUUAGACUAACAAAAUAAGCCAAGUAACAAGAUGGUAGGAUAAUGUGCAGCAACUGUUAAUAUCAUUUAAAAAUCAUUACGAAGGGCAACUCUGUACAUUUAAUGGAAAGAAAGAAUACCGUUUGUUGCCAUCUGUAAGCAUAGAAAAAUAAUGUCUUUAAACAAUGAAAGUAAGCUUUGAUCUCUGAAUCUGGUAUCAGAGAGUAACUUUUGAGCUGCUGAUUUAAAGGGGACUUUGCUUUGUUUGGUUUGGUUUUUUGUUUUGUCACAAAAUUACACAAAAAAAAAAUGCUGAUUGCCUUAAAUGCAUAUAGAAACGUGGACAGAUUUCUGGGUAAUGAAACAAAGCUGUGGCCCUGAGAAUUUUGCUGCUCUGGUGAUGAAGGGAUUAGGCAUCCCACAGCAUCAUUAGUCAUGUUAAUAGCACCGAGCAAAUUAAAAACUCACAAAGCCAAAAAUAAAGUAAAAUGCUGGUACAGGUUACAGAGUGAGCCACAAGUGUGGACAGCUCCUGGCUGUCCUGGGAGAGAACUCCGUCACAAACGUCAAUGAAUUCUGCCACACAGUCUUCACUUUUCCUGUUAAAACAGCCACAUGGAAAUAAAAAAACAGUAAAAUAGAAUUUAGCAAAAAUCUGUUGCUUCUCCAGAAGAGCUGGCAAGAAAAAAAAACGCCACACUAUAUAAAUACAUAUAUUUGGGGAAUGAACACUAAUGUAAUAGAAAUAGAGCACGAUAGAUUUUUAGACAGUCCUUAAUUAAUGUGUUUUUAAAAAGAAAAAAAUGUUGAUUGAGAGUGCGUGUGUUCUUUUUGUUAUUCAGUCCAGCUGCAGAAUAGCUGUAUGCCUCAGUUUCUGACUGAGUGCUGGGGCACCUAAUUAAUCAAACUUGUUUGGCAACAGAGAAGUAGAUUUGCAUUCGGCACAACUUGAGAUGGAUUAUAUUCCAGCAGCCUUCAGAUAUUUCUUCUCGGAUGUAAGGGGCUGUUCUUGGACAGACCUCAAUCAGGAACUGGCAUCGGAUGCCAAUUUAGUUGUAACUCACUAUUCACACAGUGCUAACGAGGUGACAUAUAAGCUCUUCAUGCUCUGCCUAUUAUUUGGUCACGCACAAAACCCAUAUCUUUCCUUACAGUUACACCAUGAAAUGUUGUACUGAGCAACAAACAGACCUGAUGUUCCUCCUGUAUAAAUGUCUGCUAUGCAUUCUGUGCCACAGUGUAACAUGCAGGCAAAAUUUGACUUCUGUUUGGUUUUGGACUUCAAAAAUGUUGACCUGUUAUCCUCAGUGAAUUUUGCUUAAAGUUGCUUUCUCCUGUUAGACACCUUUGCAUUCCUACAGAACUGACCUACAGAAAUCAGUGAAACUCUUGGCUUUAUAGCUUCUAAAUACCAAACCUAUGGACUGAAUUGACACACAAGUGAUAAAUUCCAUUUAUCUGAAAAAAGACCUUGUGCAUACUGUCACAUACUGAAACUCCAAAUGCGGAUUAGGGAGGUGAUGUGAUGGAUUUGGUAUUUAAGCCAGCACUGAAAUUUUGGCAGGCUGGGAGUUAUCACUGCUGACCUAAUACAGAGUUUUGACCUCUUGACUGCAAGAACAAUGAUGUCCAAUCCAAAUAUUGCCUUACCUCAAACUUUCUAUCUAAAAUGAGGUGUAAUGAGAAAUUCUUGCCAAAUAAAGCAUCAGUAGUUUCCAAAA